AUGAAGAAGUAUUUUAAGAGAAAAUCAACCGAAGAUAACCUCUCACCCUCUAUGGAUAUUCCUGAAAGUUCAAAUGAAAAUAACAUAGAAAGUAUAUCGGCAAAUCUUCCAGGAAAUCCUGGGCUUCGACUUCGGAUAUCGGAAUAUGAUCCAAAUAUUAGAGAUCAUAUCCGAAGAGCUUAUUUACAAAGGGAAUUGGUUCAACCUCGAACCCAUCAAUUUUCAUAUACAUCAUUUGCAGGAGUACAACUCCUUUUCAAUCCGAAAUGGUUCAAUGACUUUCCUAGGUUGGAGUAUAGCAUAUCCAAAAAUGCUUUUUUUUUGUCUAAGUUGUUAUCUCUUCAAGCUAGAGAUUCCAAACCAAAUCUUGCUUUUCGUGGUCAUGAUGAAAAUGAAGAUUCAAGCAAUAAGGGUAAUUUUCUUGAGCUUUUGAAGUUUCUUGCAGAUCAUAAUGAAGGUGUUAAAGAUGUGGUGUUUAGAAAUGCUCCUGAAAAUCUCAAGUUAACAUCACAUGAUAUUCAAAAAGAUCUUGUGUAUGCAGUAGCAUGUGAAACCACCAAUGCUAUCAUGUUUGAUAUUGGUGAUGAUGCUUUCUUUUCUGUUUUGGUUGAAGAAUUGCAUGAUAUAUUAGUCAAGGAACAAAUGGCAGUUGUACUUCGCUAUGUGAAUACCAACGGACAAGUAGUUGAAAGAUUUAUGGGCAGAAAGCAUGUUCCUAAUACCACUACUUUUUCACUUAAAGAGGCAAUUGAUCAGUUCUUCUCUACAAAUGGAUUAAGCAUAUCUAGAUUGCGUGGACAAGGUUAUGAUGGGUCUAGCAAUAUGCAAGCAUCAUGUAAACGUCGAGACAUGGUUAGAGAAAGACAACAAGCCAAAGUUAUGGAAGCUAUUCAAAAUUAUGAGCUUCCAAGUGGGCAAGGCUUGAACCAAGAAACUAGUCUUAAACAUGCAAGUGAUACACAUUGGGGCUCACACUAUGGUACCUUGGUAAGCUUGAUUAAUAUGUUCUCUUCUGUAAUUGAGGUGCUUGAGAUGAUUGCAGAUGAUGGUGUAAGUCUUGAUUAA